CAGCUCAAAGCCGGUCGGACAUAUUUAUCGACACGCAGGAGUGAAAAUGUCGUCUUGGACAAGCUCCGAUUCUUCAAUUUCAUCAAAUACUUCAACGAAGAUUGCAAAACAUGAAGUCCAGCUCGGCAAGGUCUUGUACAGCCACUGCAACGCUUACUCUGUCCUAAAUUUCGUUGGAGAAGGCUACUUUGGAAAAGUGGCACUGUGCAAAAACGUGUACACUACGGAGACGGUGGCUAUCAAGAUCCUGAAGCAUGACGCUUCUAUCAAACAAGACCACGACAGAGAGCUGUUAAUGCUCAAGAAGAUCAGUGCCUUGGAUCCUAACAACUCCAACAUGGUCAGGUUCUAUGAGCACUUUGAGCAUGAAGGAAACAUCUGUCUGGUGUUUGAGUUAUUGGACUGUAAUCUCAUCGAUAUGAUGGAGGAACGACAGCGUCAGCCGCUGACACUAGAUGAAGUUCGUGUCAUUGGCCAUCAGCUGCUGGUGGCUUUGGACUCCCUGAAGGCUCUUGGCAUUGUCCACACUGACAUUAAGCCUGACAACAUUAUGCUUGUUAACAGGAAAGACCAGCCGCUGAGGGUGAAACUGAUCGAUUUUGGUAACGCCAUCUCAGCAUCCAAAGUUAAGAGAGGGUUGGAUAUACAACCAGUAGGAUACCGAGCUCCAGAAAUCACGCUCGGCCUCACUUACAACGAGAACAUUGAUGUCUGGAGUGUCGGCUGCAUCCUGGCCUUCCUCCUCCUGCCCGGAAACCUUUUCGGUGUAAACUGUGAAUAUCAAAUGAUAAAGCGUAUCGUUGGGCUUCUGGGCCAGCCAGAUGACCAUGUGCUGCAGACCGGCAAAUACACUGAGCAGUAUUUCGUUGAAGACGAGGACGUUGGCUAUUUUCAUUAUCGAUUCAUGACACCAGAGGAGUAUGAAGCAGCCAACAACAUGAAACCAAAAGAGCCCAAUAGUUGCAAACUACUCGCUAAACCACUGGAAGAUCUGAUUUUGCCCCCCCUUGAGGGAGAGAGCGCAGAGGGUGAACUUGAGGACAGGAAAGCUUUCAUGGAUCUGCUGACAAGCAUGCUGCAUGUGGACGGGAAUCAGAGAAUCUCUGCCGCAGAAGCCUUGCAGCAUCCUUUCAUCACAAUGACUCACCUGGCCGACCCUGCCGGGAGGAGCCUGCUAACACCCAAAGACGUCCUGUCAGACGAAGAGCAAAUCUCCCCCCCGAAUCCAAAGGGUGCUAAUGGAUCCAACAAAAGCAUCUUGAAGAGAAUACGCAAAUUCUUCCGCAGAAUGACCUCUUCAUUUUAUCGCAGGCCCAUGUUAAUGGACUGAUUACU